UUUUGGCUAUUCUUAAAUUUGCGUAAACUAAAUUCUAUGUUACGUGAAUUAUUUUCGAUAUAUCAAAAUUAGGUGUUUUUAAAACGUGAACACAGUGUUAUUAUAUCAACAAAUAAAAAAUGGCGGCUGAAACUAUAAAUUUGGCUCAACCACAUUUUGUUCCAGGAUAUACAGGAUUUUGUCCUCAAUUCAAGUAUCGUGUCGGUGAUACUUAUGGACAUACAACGCAUAAACUUUUGUUGGAUCCAAGUGUAAGUCAUUCGGAAAAAUUGGUAUUAUCUGAUCGGACUGUCGACGAUUAUCAGGUUUUCCGACCACCGCCCCGAGAUGUUGAUAUCGUGGAUGCCAGAUUUCGUUAUAAUGAUGCUAUUUAUAAGCACCCUUUAGUGCCAGGAUAUGAAGGUUUUGUACCCCGUGAACAUGGUCGAUUUGGACAGCGUUUUACAGUACAAGCAACAGAAGGCUUAGCAUCAUUUGAACGAAAACAACAGGAAGAACGUGAAUCAAAUAAUCAGUUAAUCAAAUUAGGUGCAUUACAGGAUGGUCGAUGGGAACCAGCACCUAUUGAAGAUAAAGCGCUGGUAAAAAGUCAAUUUAAAUUACCACUGGUUGAAGUACGGCCAGAAAUGGCUGGAAUUUUACGUACAAUUCCAGUUCCCGAGCCACCAUUCCCACCACCAACGCAUGGGCAGAGUCCUUUCUUUAUGGAAUCUUCGAAUCCAGAUAAAUAUAUAAAAACAGGUUAUUCUGGUCAUGUCCCCUUUGCAAAUUCCACAUUUGGAAAAACGAAUGCUGAAAUGACAAAUUCAGCAUUAUGUGAUUUUGUGUCGAAUUAUCGUAAACGCCAAAGUACUGAAUGGGCACCGGUGUCAAUUGUACGACCUGACCCACCAUUACAGAUUCAACCAACAGAAAUUUACUAUAAACAUUUAGGUCAAAUACCUAAUUAUGGUGGGCAUAUACCUGGAGCAAUGUUUAGGCAUGGAAAAACUUUUGGUAAUGAUUCCAGAGAUGCCAAAAGAUGGUUACGCGGAGAUUUUAGUGUAUAAAUUAUAAAUUAAGCGGAGAUUAAGCGAAAAAACCUUUACUUUUCUUCAUAAAUCAACGUUUAAGAUACUUUCCAAACAUGGAAACAAUCAUAUUUUAAAUAAGUUUAUUAUCUGUCUGCCUUA